UCAGAGAAAGAUAGAAAAAUAUGUGGCAGCUAAAGGAAGGAAAUAGGUAUGUGUGAGGAAUAUAUUACAUAUCUGAAAUAAUUCAGCCAGAAUCCCGAUCAACGAUCAGUCGGUAAUUGAUCCUGUUAGAAUCUGAAGACAAGGAGUUCCUGGCCGCGUCUUCAUCUGUCCUCAGAGGGAAGAAAAGAAGUGAUCCGUCACGGAGCCAUGAAUCCUGAAUAUGACUACUUGUUCAAGCUGCUCCUCAUCGGGGACUCUGGCGUAGGAAAGUCCUGCCUCCUGCUACGAUUUGCAGAUGAUACCUACACAGAGAGCUACAUCAGCACUAUUGGGGUGGAUUUUAAGAUCCGCACCAUUGAGUUGGAUACAAAGACCAUCAAACUGCAGAUUUGGGACACUGCAGGUCAGGAGAGGUUUCGUACCAUCACCUCCAGUUACUACCGUGGAGCACAUGGUAUCAUAGUUGUAUAUGAUGUUACGGAUCAAGAGUCCUAUAACAAUGUCAAACAGUGGCUUCAGGAAAUCGACCGUUAUGCCAGUGAAAAUGUCAACAAGCUGCUGGUGGGCAACAAGUGUGACCUGACAACUAAGAAGGUGGUGGACUACACCACAGCCAAGGAGUUUGCUGACUCGUUGGCCAUCCCCUUCUUAGAGACAAGUGCCAAGAACGCCACUAACGUGGAACAGUCUUUCAUGACCAUGGCAGCGGAGAUUAAGAAGCGUAUGGGACCUGGUGCCACAGCCAGUGGGGAAAAACCUAACUUAAAAAUUGAGAGCACCCCCAUCAAACCAUCUGGAGGCGGCUGCUGUUAAAAGGAUCAAUCCCAUCUCCCUUCUGUUUUCCCUUCUAUCACCAAAACACCUUGUGACGUACAACUCCCACACUCACCUCCCUCUUAGUGUCAAGGAUCAGUCAGAGGAGUAAACUCCUAUAGGGCAUUUAGAUCACAUUGAAUAUUUAACCCCUUCCACCGACCUUAUUAGCUACCCUUUCGUAAUUCACUCACACCAACCAGCUGAGGAACAUCAGUCUGUUUUGAAAUGGACUGUGUGAAAAGAGCUUUUGUUAGGGUUCAUUGGAUAUCAUCUAGACAACAACAAAAGGCAGUUAGUGUCCGAGGGUUAAGGAUAGUAGGAGAAAGAAUCUUGGACUACUUUCACUUUCUGCCAAGAGAUCAAAAUGAAAAUCACUUUGGGGGAAACUGGUAUGACUGUUGAUAGAAAAUCAGUAAAAUAAAAUGUUUAGAUAUCACUAACACGCACACACUCAUAGGUUGGCAUGGGUUAAAGUCGUAUGGCCAUAAACAUUUACUACUGAACAUACUUAGUACAUGUUGAACAGAGACAACUUUUUGCUGUUUCCUGAUAAGAAAGUGGGUAAUCUCCUCCAUCUUUUCCUUUCUUCAUAAUCCUCUCAAAUGAGUUAUUUGUAGCUAGCUACAAGUAACUCAUUUGAGAGAAAGCUAUGGAAGUAGCUGGCUACUUGUUACAAAGCUACCUAGCUUGUUAAAAAGCUAGCUACAAGCAGCUAAUUACAUGUCACAAACAACAAAUGACAAAUCUAGCUGGCUACUUGUAGCUAGCUUUAGGAAUAUUAUUAAAAGUCAGUUCCUUGUAUCCUAAAGCUAGCUGCAAGUAGCUCUAACUAGCUAGUUAAUUGUAGCCAGCAACAAAUUACUUGUUGCAAAUCUAGCUGGCUACUUAGAGCCACUUUAGUAAUAGUCACAAAUAAGAUAUUUACUUUUAGCCUAAAGCUUGCUGCAAGCAUCUAAAAACAGCUGACUUGUUACAAAGCUCGCUAACUACUUGUAUCUUGCUUUAGGCAGAUUAGAGACUGUCUCCAAUAAUCUAGCUAACUCCUUGUAGCUCUCUGUUUCUAAACUGCCUAAACCAAGGAAACUUGUGUUAUGUGAGAUUUUUCAAAUCAUUGCAUUUAUUUACACAUUUACUUAGAUUUUACACAGUUUACAUUUCAUGUUUUUUUUUUGUUUUUUUGGUAGAGCUAGAUUAAUUUACAAAUGGCUGAUUAAGGAAUUCCCUAUUUCAAAUAAUGCAGCUUAGCUAAUUCCACGUGUCGAUAAUGUGGCUGUCUCGCAUAUUGUGCUUCUAAGAGCUGUAAAAUCUGUUUUUAAGUCAUAAGUCUGUAUAUAAAUUUAUAAAACUAGAAGCACUCCACUAAGUCAUAAGGUCACUCACCUGAGAAAACCGCCAAUAGGCCCAACACCUCACCUAGUACACCUAUAUUUUUAACUUUCUGGAUCAGCAGAUCCAGAAUAUCAACAAUAAUAAUAAUAAUCUCUUUUUUUUUUUGUCUGCUAAUGAUUAUGGGCAUUAUCUGUUGAGUUAGAAGCUGUAAUGGCAAACUGUUCCCUAUUGCCCUAUUGUAAAGAAUCCUUUAAAAAAGACUCCUGGAUCCAGACAAUGAUAUGGAUCACCCCUGAAAUGUAAUCACUUGAUCCUUUAUUGUAAAUUCCUGAAAGUUUAAUCAAAAUCUGUCCAUAACUUUUUGAGUUAUGUUGCUAACAGACAGACAAACUAAUGUAGCCAGAAACACAAUAAAAAAAAGAACAGAAGCUAAAGAAUGAAUGCAGAAUACGUUUUGGCUAUGCUCCAACAAAUGAGUGAGGAAUAAUCAGAUGGAAGAGAAAUAUUCAGCCUCUCUUACUACAAUAGGACCAAGUUAGGAGUGACAAGCUGCCGAGGCAGCAUUCAACUCUAGCUGCAGCUACAAUACGAUAUAAUAAAUCAAUAUCAGCUGACAUCUAGUGCUCUGUUUUGUUACUUUAGCAUUAUAUGAUGCUUUUUUUUAUUCUUCCCCCUCAAAUUAUUGAUUAAAAUAUAGAUACAUUUAAAAAUGAUUUAAUUUUGUUUUCUGUUAGCUGAUAAAUGAAUGUUGUAAGGUAGUAUUUUACAGUUUGUAUUUAAAAUACAAGCCCAAAGUAAUCCCACAUGCUAAACAAUUUAUUAUUUGUUCUUUUAUUGAGCUUUUUCUACUUCUAAAUGAUAAAAAAAUAAUAAUAAUAAUCAAGUGGGGGGCGAAAUUGCCUCCUGUUUCUCUGUAAACACCACCUUUAUUAUUUUAAUGCUGCGUUGGCAGGGUGUCCAAAUGACUCCCUCUGGUGGUUAUAGGGGGUAUUGGAAUACUGGUGGUUCUAGCCUUAAAAAAACGUGGUAAUCUGGAUCAUCCCCAAAAUCUAAACUGUUCUUCCUUAUUCUGUUUCUGAGAUUUCCUGAAAGAAUUCAUUAAAAUCUAUUACUUUUUGAGCUAUGUUACUAACAGACAGACAAACGUACAGCGUUAAAACAUAACCUCCGGUUUGGCGGAGGUAAUAAUUUACUGAUAAA